ACGUGCACUGUGUAACAUGUCGGACAAACUACUUACAAGGUUGGUUGGAUUCAGUAUAUUGUUAAUACUGGUUGUUCUUACUGCAGUUCUCUGCAUUGUGUGGACUAUACCGGACAGUAAGCAGAUAGAUGCAGAUACAGAGAUUUGUCUACAACAUGAAAACAAAAUUAUGAAAUGCGGUGAAACAAUUAGUGUGUUACAUGAUGUUUUUGAAAAGGCUAUUUUAUCUGCAUAUGCUGCAGCUGAGAAACAGGAGAAAAAUCAAACAGAAAAAUACAUACAAGAUGCCUUAAAACAUGACGUUCAGCUGAUGACAGACUACAAAAACACAUUGUGGGACAUGAAACCUUCUGCAAAAUUAGUUGGCAACCGUGAACAACAAAAACAUGUGUCAGGUAAUGCUGCAAUGACAACGGUCACAUGUUGGCGACACGAUAAAGACCUUUAUUACACAACAGGAUUUCAGAGAUACGGAAUUAGGUUCCAGAAUGGCCGAUUAAUUGUCCCUGUAAGCGGAACUUACCACAUAUACUCUUUCCUGGGACUUACAGAACGAGGUGUUACAGACGAAGGAAUUCCCGUAAAAUCAAACAAUACGCAAGAGAUAAUACAUACAAUGCAUAAGUAUAACGUACUUGAUACUGCUGAUAUUGAAAUCGCCUCAAAUGUACAAUCUCGUAAAAACGCCUCGAGAGGUAACUUUAAUUAUUACACGAGUCAAAUAGUGACGUUGGUGAAGCUUCGUGCUGGUGAUGAAAUAUCAGUGAGAAUAAACGACGAAGCACUUUUGCAACACACAGAGAACAACUACUUUGGUUUGCAUCUAAUAUGAGAUCUCCGGCAUUGGGGUGGCGUCCUCGUCGCGUCGGAGGGAUGGAAAUUCCAACGAAUGCCCCUGUUUAAAAAAGACACUGUCGAAGAGACUAACAAGACGUGGGACCCAAUUUGAACCCGCCCUAUGACAUAAAUUAGUAACCAAAAUAGACUACGUAAAAUUAGUAUGCAUACUGAAGUUUGAUAUGACUCAAUGCAAAGGUUCUGAUCUCAAGAUGUGCUAUCAUUUUAUCAUAUACGUUACUGUUUUUAUUACUGAUGAGUACAAUCGAAAAAUCGUCGCUGACAUUGCUAUGUCGGGGACAAUCAAUAAUGGUUGUCCAAAAUCGAUGUCGCUAAUGUUUAUUCCAGUAACUACGUAUUUUUUUGUUUUGUGGUAAAAGUCGAGUAAAUCUUUCUUUCCAUUAUAUUCUCUUUGAGUUCAUUUAAACAAGGGAGGUCACUCUCUUGCACAAAUGCGGUGAAUGUAAACACUUUUGCUUACAUUCGGAGCUCCUCAACCAUUUUAAUCGAAAACAAGCUCGGAUGUAUUUGCUUGGUUUAAAUACUCAAAAAGGGGUACGUUUAAGUCCAUGGAAGUAGAUCGGGUAGAAGUUUUAUUAAGCAGUUAAACUUUAUCACUUGACUCUGGGGAGGCUUAUUAUGUUUGCAAUAAUAUACUUCACUGACAAUCAAUGUAAAGAUAGAUAAAUAAAUACAAUUCUGAAACACUACAUUUCAUUAAUGAUAUAAUUUAAAAAAAAAAAACUUCAAUUGAUUUACCGGCUUACAUCCGAUGUUGUUUUCGAUAAAAAUGGCAGAGGAGUUCCGAAUGUUUUACUUAAAAACUCUCCCAAAAUUAUUUCUUAAUUGUUUUUAUAUUUUAUAAAACAUUCUUCAAUAACCUGUCUCUAUAGUGUAGUAGGUCCAGUUUGACCUGCAAAUACCGGGUAUUCCGGCUUUAUAAAAUCUGUUUUUGAACCCUUUUUUGGUAUUGUUUAUAAUUAACUAAUUUACAUUUUCGUGAAAGUUUUAUGAAAUUAAGAUAUUCUAAUGAAAUGAUCAAUAUAACAGGUUAUUGAAUGUUAAGCUGGUUCAUUUUUUUGAUAUGCUUCUUCAUGGAUAAAAUGAUAAGAUAACUUACUUGAUGCGUUGUGCAUCAUUUUGCAAUUGAUGUGAAAUUAUUAAAUAUGUGUUGUGUUGUUAUGUUUUAUCGUUUAGUUAUUAAAGAUAGAAAAAAGUU